CAACUUUCGUUUUGUCAACCAGACGAUAGGGCUGUUACGAUUUGUUACGUCUACGCUUCAUUUAAUGCCGCUGUCUAGCUGUCCUACCAACCACCAAGGACCAAUUUUUAUUUAAAAAGAUUCACCAGGUGCUGAACUAAACAAUAUAUAGAGCACUAUGGGAAUAUCACUAGAUGCAUGGAGGCUUAGAAUAGGAUGUUUUGCACAACGCAAAAUUCGGGCAGCACCAUCUGGAAAUCUGCCAAAGCUUCAGAAAGCAAUAAGUGAUGAGUUAGGGGGAUGUAUUCUGCUGGUGAUAAUGAUGAUGAUGUCCCUGCUGCUCUUUUUGUCUGGAGAUGUUGAGAUGAACCCAGGACCUCCUAUGUAUCAGCCUGAACACAGUGUCAAAAAACAACCUAGGAAAACAGAGGCUAGUAGAGCACAGCAACAACAGGGCACAGGUUUGAGGGAAUCCAUUCUGAAAGGAGAGAAAUAUAUGGAAAAAGGAUGUUGGCGGGAGGCGACUGAUGUUUUUAACAAAUUAAUUUAUUGCGUGCCCCCUUUAGGAGACCCAAGCUUGACUUGUAGACUUUUUUGUAACAGAGCAAGGUGUCAUCUUUCCCAGGGGUUUGUUCUGCUUGCAGUGAAAGAUGUCCACUCUGGUGAGUGUUUGGUGAAUGUUUCAACAUUCUAUUUUAUCUAAAAUGGAUAUUAUGUGACAUAUUAGUUUCUCAUCUUUUUCACAUGUCACACAUACUUUGUCUCAUGUUGGUUGAUGUGUCUUUUCUUAGGCAUAUCCACAUGAGGUACCAAAACUUGUACCACAAGGAACAAGUGUCCAAUAAACAAUAAUUGUCUGAUUGUGUGAUUUUGGGGUAAUUAAAAUGUAAAUAGGGGGAGCUGGUGUGGCUUACGUUCUUGUACCAGGAGUAUCACAUCAUUCAAAAACUGGUACUCCAGCUAUCAAUUUAAUCAAAAAUUAAAACCAUAAUCUAAUUAAAACUCAUAUUGAUAUUAAGAAAGGUUAUCUUAAAUGACAUAAAAAAUGUCAAUGCAUUUCUCAUCCUAUACUGGGAUAUGUGCUGAAGUUUCCUUUCAGAGAUUUGUGAUCAAAAUGUCUGUUGUCAACAAUUGGAAUUAAAAAAGACAAAUAUGGAAGGUUGAGGUCUUUGUGAUUAACAAAGUUGUUUUUACUGUUCUCUGUAUUCACAGGGUGUUGGGCCUGUUGCUUCUAAAUCUGUGCAGUCUAAAGAACUGGUGUAAUAGAAUUUUCAGAAGCAUAUUUUAAAAGACCCUUUCAAUGACAGAAUAAAGUUAAUCUCUUUUAUCUCAAUUAAAAUAAGUUUUAAGGGGCACAUAUGCUUAUUAUGCACUUUAUUCUUAUUAUAUGUGAUUUUAAAUGAUUUUGUUUACAGUGAGGUAAUGUGAUGUGACUUUCAUUCAGAAAGGUAAAAAUGAACAGGAUGACAAUUCUUCAUUUUGGCGGGGAAAGUGUUAUAAAAUAGAUUCUCCUGGGAAAAAUGUAAAUGUUCACAUACUUUCAAAUGGUUAAUGAAUCCAUUCUGACAUUCAAAGUUAAUUGAUCUUAAGAGAAUAUUAAAGAGGGUAUCCUUCUUUGAUGGUUUUUGUGGUCUUAUGGCAAGCACAGAUUUCAUAAUAAUUGCCAUUUGCCAUUUUGGUGGUAAAAUGGAAUUUAUUACAUUUCUGUGCAUUUUUCAAUUUAUUUAUUGUGGAAAUUUGAAACUCAUAUGAAGAGUUGCUAUACCUUUAAACAUUUAGAACUUGAAAAUUGGGUUAUAGACUAAAAUAUUCUCCAUGAUUUGGGAUAGCCUUGUAUGCCUUGGUGAUGAAGUGAAAAUUGCUGAAAUUUCCAAGUUACUAGUAAGUGUAUAAGGGUCUAAUUACACAUGUAUGUAUUUAAGGUCUCUGGAUUCAGCAACUUUCAUGAUAUUAAGAAACUUUUGCAUCUGAAAGACUCACUUGGGAUACUGGGAUAGAUGGUGAUGGGAAAUUAAAGGGGCUGCUCAGAAUAGAAGAUCCCAGUACCAACUUGCCCAAGCUUCAAAUAUGGCGGAUCUUACAUAAUAGGAAGACCACUUAAUCCUGUAAUGGUCUCUCCGCCUC